AUCCUGGAGGAGAAAAUGAAUUUCACAAAUUGCACCACUGAAGCCAACGUGGCUGCGAAGCCAAAAACAGUAACUGAAAAGAUGCUCGUUACCCUGACCUUGGCCACAAUCACAACCUUGACUAUGCUGCUGAAUUCUGCUGUAAUUGCGGCAAUCUCCACAACCAAGAAGCUUCACCAGCCGGCAAAUUAUUUAAUAUGUUCACUAGCUGUGACUGAUCUCCUCGUUGCUGUUCUUGUCAUGCCCUUGAGCAUCACUUACAUAAUGAUAGAUAAAUGGACUUUGGGAUACUUCAUCUGUGAGAUCUGGCUUAGUGUCGACAUGACCUGUUGCACGUGUUCAAUCCUUCAUCUGUGCGUCAUUGCUCUGGACAGGUAUUGGGCAAUCACAGAUGCUAUCGAAUAUGCCAGGAAAAGAACAGCAAAAAGGGCUGGGCUGAUGAUAGUCACUGUGUGGACUAUCUCCAUUUUCAUAUCAAUGCCCCCUUUGUUUUGGAGGAACCACCACAGUGUCAGUAUCCCCAGCGAGUGUCGCAUUAAGCACGAUCAUGUCAUCUAUACUAUUUAUUCCACAUUUGGGGCAUUUUACAUCCCCUUGACUUUGAUCCUGAUCCUGUACUACAGAAUUUAUCAUGCUGCAAAGAGCCUUUACCAAAAGCGGGGUUCAAGCCGCCACCUCAGCAACAGGAGCACUGACAGCCAAAAUUCCUUUGCCAGCUGCAAGCUCACACAGACAUUCUGUGUCUCAGACUUCUCUACGUCUGACCCAACCACGGAAUUUGAUAAAAUCAAUGCAUCUGUGAGGAUCCCUCCUUUUGAGAAUGACUUGGACCUGGCUGGUGACCGGCAGCAGAUCUCUACGACACGGGAACGAAAGGCUGCUCGUAUUCUGGGGCUGAUUUUAGGUGCUUUCAUUUUGUCCUGGUUGCCCUUUUUCAUCAAGGAGCUGCUUGUGGGCCUCCACAUUUGCACUGUCUCUCCAGAAGUAGCAGACUUCUUGACCUGGCUUGGAUAUGUCAACUCCCUUAUCAACCCUUUGCUAUACACUAGCUUUAACGAAGACUUCAAGCUGGCCUUUAGAAAGCUCAUCAGGUGUCGAGAACAUACUUAA